AUGCUAGUGGACGCCUACCGUGACGAACGUUCGGGGAUCCCCACUGCCUACAGGACGGACGGUCACCUCCUCCAUCAACGGCGGCUGCACUUCCAGUCGCGCGUAUCCACAAACGCUGUUCACGAACUUCUCUCCGCCGACGACUGCGCCCUCACCACCACCUCGGAAGAGGACAUACAAAGGAGCAUGGACCUUUUCUUCGCCGCCUGCGAGAACUUCGUUCUGGUCAUCAACACGAAGAAGACGGUGGUCAUGCAUCAACCGCCACCCAACACAGCCAUCCCCACAAUGCGCCGCAGAUCAGCGUGAAAGGAACCAAACUGCAAGUGGCGGGCAGCUUCACGUCCCUGGGUAGUACGUUCUCUCGCAGCACGAAUGUCGACGACGAAGUAGCCCAGCGAAUUUCUAAGUCAGUCAAGCCUUCGACCGCCUAAAAAGCACAGUUAGGAAUCGUCAUAGUCUCCAGCUCAGUACGAUGCUGAAGAUGUACAAGGCCGUCCUCCUCCCAACGCAGCUGUACGGAGCGGAUACUUGGACGGUAUACACGAAGCAGGCACGCCGACUCAAUCACUCCCACCUCAGUUGUCAUGUCGUAUCCUGAAGCUGAGAUGGCAGGGCCGAAUUCCGAACAGUGAGAUGCUGGAACGGACAGGAAUCCUCCGCAUCUACACCAUGCUUAAGCAACUGAAAUUGCGUUAGAGCGGCCCUCUUGUGCGGAUGGACGAGGAGCGGCUACCCAAACGACUCUUUUAUGGAGACCUCGUCACGGGUUCGCGCCGCCAAGGAGACCAACUUCGUCGAUACAAGGAUAAUCUAAAGUCCUCCGCGAAACGUCUGUACAUCAAUCCAUCCAACUAGGAAGACCUCGCCCACGACCGACCGACCUGCAGGAGGACAGUGAAGACAAGCGCUGCGAUCUACGAAGCCGACCGUAUUGCCGCCGCGAAAGCCAAACGCGAAGCUCGCAAAUCUCAGCUGCGCCCGCCCCACAUUUCCAACGCACAACCUCCUUCAACGUGUCCACGAUGUCUACGGACAUUCCGGGAGCCAACUUGACUUUUUGGACAUUUUCGGAUCAACUGAGCCACUCGGACAGUACCUACUGUCGUCCCGCCGUCCACUUCUUCCUCGUCCUCUAUUCCGUCAAAUAAUUCUGUUUGCCUUCGUGAACCAUAGCUUCCAUCCUCCUCCUCCUCCUCCUCCUCCUCCUCCUCCUCCUCCUCCCCUCCCCCCCUCUCCCCCUCCUCCUCCCUCUACCCGUCCUCCUUCCCUCUCUCCCCCUUCUCCUCCUCCUCCGCCGCCCCAACGUCCGCCGUUGUGGCGUAUUACAUGCACAUCAACACUGCACACAAUCGUGACACAACGACAAACACCACCACCACCACCACCACCAUUGACACCAGAGGUGAGGAGCAGGAUUACACCUGUCCUCACUGCGACCGCACAUUCACCUCACGCAUCGGCCUGGUCGGUCACUUGCGAAUCCAUCGCACAGUGACUGGCGAACCAGUGCCUGAAGCACUCAAAUACGCCCGCCGCAUUCGCCUCCACUGUCCACUCUACCCUCGCACAUUCAUGCACCGGAGGGGUCUAUUCGGCCACAUGCCAUUCAUGAAAACCUGUGGUAGACAAUCGCCGGCUGCGCCACACCAGCACAUCCUCCCUCACCAACAUCUCACCGCUCAUCAACAUCACCCACCGCAAGCAGCCAACUGCCACCUCUCACGCAAGUGGGAAGUGUGCGUCUCGACUCGGUCCCCGUGCGGCUCCUAUUGCAUGGGCGACUCGAGCCUGAGACUAUGUCGACGCGUCAAGCGCCGUGGAUUGAAAGGUUGCUUACUGACGACCGAACUUGGUCCACUCAAUCCGUCCAGUUGUUUGUCUGUUAUGUGGAGUGUAGGACUGGUGGACUGGGAGCCGGGCCGAAACAGCUAUUUCCACGGCCAUCUCACGUAA